UACUGACCAUCCGAAGAUUCGUGGGUGUCGAAACAACCCCGACUCGAUCCUCGUCGCGAUCAUUUCUUCAUCAGACAGUCUUGCAGUCGUUGGAGUCCUUUUUUCUAGUCAAAAAGCUUCCUUUCCAUUGGAAAAGUAGAUCUCUGAAGAGGCAAGAUGAAGAAAACCGCGCUGAUUGGAAUGAUCCUGGCAAUCUUUGGCGCUACUUCUGCGCGUGAGUUGCCCAGUUUCCUUCAAAUUUGCAAGCGGAAUAACCCAAACCUGGGCGAGUGCAUCAUGAACAGUAUAAACAACUUCAAACCGUACUUGAAGACAGGAUUACCAGAAUACAGGAUACCCAGUUUGGAGCCAUUGGAGCUGAAUGAAUUACUCGCCACAUCGGGAGGAAAUAUUAAGAUGAAGCUGAGGAACGUGCUCGUCCAUGGCUCCAGCGAUUUCAAUAUAAGGAGAUUGAAGGCCAGUCUGGAAACUUACAGUUUCAUAGCAGAAUUGGACAUCUCGAAGCUCUCUAUAGAGGGCGAAUACGACGUGGAUGGUAAAUUGAUUUUACUAGCGAUUCGUGGAUCCGGCCCAAUGUCUGGAAACUUCACGAACUGCAGGGGACUGGUGAGGCUGCAAAUGACGAUGAAAAAAGGACAAGACGGCGAGGAUUAUCUCACCGUGGCCGACCUUAAGGCGAAAAUAUCAGUGGGAGGUGGUGUCCUGAAGUUACAGAAUUUGUUUGGCGGUGAUCCAGUCCUCGGCGAGGCCAUUAACAUGGCCAUCAACAGCAACUUUGACGCGUUCAUCAAGGAGCUGACGCCCUCGCUCGAGAACGCGAUCUCAAAUACUUUUACAAAAAUCGCGAACAGUAUUCUUCCGUUAUACCCCUACAACGUACUUUUCCCAGCUUCGUAAGGAAUUUUCACGCGAAUCACAACGGAUGGCGGUCAUUUUUGUAGUAUUAAUCGCGUGUUUGCGCCACUCUUCGUGUGAUUUGCCAACGUUUACCUCAUUUUGAAAACCAUUGAAGUAUAUAUAAUGCACCCUCGCGACAAAAG